CACGCCAUCCAACUUGGACAUCCCACUUGAUAUCUGAAACCGUGGGGAACAUCGGGACCCUUCUGUCUCACAAACUUCCCCAAGCAGGGACUCAUUCGGUAUAUCAUCCAUCCAGACAUCAUCAUGACAUUUUCCAUCCUCACCGACGACGAAAUCAAGUCGCUGUUGGACAACCUCACACUAGACGAGCUCGAGUCCUUCCGCGAGAACCUUAGAGAUGCUCUCCACGUAUACUCUACCGGAGCUCAUACGCCCGGCCAAGCUCUCAUCCACCAGCCCGAGCGAACGGUAGUCCGCAGCGGCAUCACCGGCGCCACCACUUUGUUCAUGCCAUCAUGUAGUCCAGCCGGUCACGGUGUCAAGGUCAUCACCCUCUCUUCCGCCGAGCAAAUAGUCAAGUCGACACAACAAGAAGAAGCCGGCCAAGACGCCACCACCCCGCUCAUCCGGCCCACGGGCGCCAUCACCUUAUUCAACCCCAACGGCUCUCCGCGGGGCAUCAUCCACGCCAGCACGGUAACCGCCUUCCGCACGGCACUGGCCUCCUUAUGUCUGGUCCAUAAGCGCGACCACGUCAAGACCAUCACCGUCUUCGGCUGCGGCGAGCAAGCCUACUGGCACGUGCGCCUGACCUUACUCCUGCGCGGGUCCACCAUCAAGUACGUCAACGUGAUCAACCGGCGCUUCUCGCCCUCGUGCGGCGCUAUGCUGCGGCGGUUCUACGAGGUCUCGCCUGCCAUCAAGGCGCGCGAAGGGUGGACGAAUACGCACUUUGGCGUGUUGACGCCCAGCUAUGGCGAGUAUGAGCGGUUGCUAAGGGACCAGGUUCGGAGCGCGGAUGUGAUUUUCUGCUGCACGCCCAGCACGGCGUGUCUCUUUGAUGGCAAUAUCUUGACGGAAAGGGAUGCAAGGAGGAAGGGCAGGCUGAUUGUGGCGAUUGGAAGUUAUACGCCGCAGAUGAGGGAGGUGCCGAUUGAGCUGAUUCAACAGGCGGUGAAGAUUCAGGAUCAGGCGGGGAAGAGGAUCAUUCACCAUCAUAAGCAUGCGAUCGAGGGGGGCGUGGUGGUGGUUGAUACCCUGGACGGAGCGUUGAAGGAGGCCGGGGAGUUGAUUGAGGCUGGACUGGGGCCAAGGCAUUUGGUUGAACUCGGAGAACUAGUAAUGCUCAACCGCAUCGCCCUCUCCGAAACCGACAACGACUCCUCCCAUACUUCGACAGACGUCGACACCGACACCCUCUCCGCCUCCGCCUCCACGCUAACCAUCAAUGUCGCUCCCACCGAGGAUAAGGACUCCUCCUCCUCCUCUGCCAAGGACAGCAUAGAAAAAAUAAGGCGCCCUCGCCACAGCCGCCACCUCUCCCUCCAGAGCAUCGUCCACCGCGCCUCCCGCUCCCGCAGCCGUAGCAGCAACCCCGAUCGCGGUGACGACUACGAAGAGAAAAAGAAGGAAAAGAAGAAGAAGAAGGAGACGGAAGACGAGCUGGCCCGCUGGCUGCAAAAGGGCAACGUCAUCUACAAGAGCGUCGGUCUCGGAUUGAUGGACUUGACGGUCGGCAUGCAGCUGGUGGAUUUCGCGGAGCAGAAGGGAGUGGGCACUCAUAUUCCGGCCUUUUAGGAGAGGAACGGGGUUGGUAGUAUUCCGCUUAUGGGAUUGCAGGGGAAGGAGAUGGUGGAGGUUGGGUUAGGAUUGGAACCGUUGGAUGUUGCUGGUGGUGAAAGUAAUGUUGUCGGCGGUGGUGAUGUUGUUGAUAUUGUCGGUGGAAGUAAGACUUCUGCUGGACUUGGGAGUGAGGGUGGUAGUUCCAGACUGGAGUCGAGUGAAGACUCGAUGGGAGGAAGUCAGGAUCAGGAAAAUGGUGCUCAGGGCCACGGCCAAGGAGGAAUUCAUGUGGCUUAGAAAGCCCAGGGAGCUGCUCGGGGUGAAGCCAAGGGAAAAGAGAGAGAGAAGGACGAGCGUACUGCUACCGGUCAUUGUCACGGUUUUGAGGUGACAAAGAAGAGAGAGUAUCAUGGGUUUGAUGAUCGCGAUUUUGCAGCAGAGCAAGGGAGCAAGGAAGAUGAGGGUGAGGAUGAAAAACGGGAACAGGAACAUGGGUUCCAUAUCCCUCAUUUGCCUCACGUCCAGGACAUUCCGAUUAUCCGGAAGUUUAGCAGACGGAGCAGGAACAGUCUUUGAGUUGGCGCCUACAAGCUCUGUCGAGAAUGCUUUUCAUCUCCAGACUUGAGAAGAGUCAACACGGUAUAGAUGUUAUGAGUUCACGUUUACGAUUCAGGAAAGGCAUAGCAAGUUCUCUCUCUCUCUCUCUUUCAGAAAAUGAGUAAACAGCAGGUUAUGUAGCUACAUGGGUAGAUAGACACGUUAACCAAUUCUGCUUUCUAUUCACCCCCAAUUGAUUAAACCCAGCAUAAAC